CAAUUUUUCUCGAACUUUGAACAAAGUCAAAACUGAACAAGAGGUGUGGACAUUGAUACCAAGUUCAUCGUCUUUCGACAGUGUUAUUACUGAAUCAAUUAAUUCUUCAUAUGAAAAACAAUUCCAGUCAAACCGAAGUGUUUCCAUGUCUCUUAUGGAGAGUUACACUACCAGUGGUGAAACUUCAAAUUCCAUAAAGUCAAAAAGCAAUCGAAUAAAUCCGCUUGUUUAUGUUACGGAUUCGACGAAAAUAAAUUCACCAUCUUUAACCGAUGCACCACUAGUGUUACUAAACGGUACAUCGCAUGAAAAUCCUACGAAAACACAUUCCACUGUCAAUUUAGUGCAAAAACACAUCAUAAGUUCUAUAUGCAGUUCCUCAACCUCAGAUCCAUUUCAAGAAAAUUUUUAUUCCAAUAUCCUAUCAACUUCUAGUUCAAAUCCUAAUAAUAUCCAUAGGAUGAAUACAGAAAUCCCUUGGAUAACCAGUCUACCUACUAUUUCAUCAAUUGCCACUGGGCUAAGACGAGCUGUUGCAGAUCGUGGUAUUACUUCCACAGAUUUAUGUUCAAAUUUAGACGAACUUUCUUCAGAAUUACGCUUUACAAAUCCAUCUUAUCCUCACAAAAUUAUCGGAUCUCACAGAUUAUCAGAAAAUGUUUUGACAUCAGUUAAAGAUAUUUUGUGUAUUAAUGAUGAUAAUGAUGGUAUUCAUUGUAGAUUGUCACAAAAAUUACCAGUUUUAACACCAUGUAAUCCUGAACAAGCUCCUGAUAUUCUUAUUCAUUACGCUAUUCAAGAGAAUCACGAUGCUGUUCAAAUGAAUGGUUCAUGUAGUGGUUUUGGCGAUGACGUGGUAGCAUUGUCAUCUACUUCACGAUUGUGUACCAAUGAUUCAUCUGGUUUUGGCAUAAGAAAGGCUCUUACUGAACUGUAUUCUUCUGCUCUUCCAAAUCUACCUACCGUCAGAGAGUGUAGAAUUUUAACGCCUGAUUUAUCAUCAGUUACUGAAUCAACACCAACUGAUGGUAAUCCGUGUGAUGAAAGUACACAAACGACUCAUGCUCAUCUUUUUGUUAGCUGUCAGUUGACUACACCUCGAGAUAUUUCGGAUCACCUAUUAGAUAAUCAUUUGAACCCGACUUCCAUCGCUGGUCAGUCACCUGGAUCCUCAGGGAUUCGUAACAGCGAUAGUAUAUUAAUCAGAAACGAUGUCUGUCUAUCGCAUCCACCGGAUUCUCAUACCAAUGGCAAUUUAUGCGAUCAUCAGUUCGAUGAAAUGUAUUGUACACUUGGUAACCAGUUUUCUGAUAAGUCAUUGUUACUUCAAUCAAACAGUAGAUCUACAACAACCAGUCAUUUAAUCCCCUGCAAUAAUCCUGUAUGUGAUUCCUUUCUGGACGCUCAUAUGUUGCAAAGUUUGAGAUCACCUGGAAUACUAAGUGCUGAUUUAAAUCAGGUAUCCGUUAAUUCUGUGCCGAAUCUCACAGCAAUUCCUUCAUUUUUAUCUAAUGAAAAUAAUGGUGAUCUUGAUCAGAGAAAUACUUGUUUUCGACGGUUAUCAAAUUCCAAGUCUGAUACAGUAGAUAUAACUUCACUUCCUACAGUGACCAGUUGUUUAAAUUCUUUCUCUGCUACACCAUUAUCAUUAGUCACUCAUUCAAACUGUCUCCAAAAUCCUAAUCGUCACCUUGGAGGGAAUAAAAAGUCACAUAUGAAUACUUUGAAUACUAAUUCUGGCCUUGCAGUUGUGUGCGAUAGUAGUACAGAUAUAAUACCGAUACAAGGUAUGUUCGAUGAUACAAGUAAAAACAAUAUAAAGCGAUCACGUAACUUAAGGGGACGUGGAAGCUCAGAUGUGUCUUGUAAAAUCCAUUCUAGUGUUUAUAAUUAUCUGAAUUAUUCAGCCGCAAACCCACAAGCAUAUCGUGAGUAUUCUAAUAAACGUUUCACCGGGAAAGUUGAGUCUUUGGUUACUGGUGAUGCGGAUGAUAGUAGUGAUCAUUCAGAAUCAAUUAGCACAGGAACUAGUCAUGCUGUUAGGGAUAACACUCCAGUAUCACCUUCAGGUGGAGAUGAACAGCAUCAUUUAAAAUUGGAAAGAAAGCGUGCUCGUAAUCGUGUUGCUGCACGUCGUUGUCGUGAACGUAAAAUAUCACUUAUCAGAUCGUUAGAAAAUCAAGUAGCUGAACGUGAUGCCCAAGUAAGAAAUUUAGAGAAUACAGUAGCCCGGUAUAAAGCUGAAGGUGAACAAUUAAGACUACAUGUAGAAAUGCUAGCUAAUUCAUAUCCUAGUUUAAAAGCUGAGUUAUAUCAGUUCCCUUUUCUUUUCCAACCAUUAUCGUCGCAUGCACUACCGCCUCAGCAGCAACAAACUUCUAGUCAAACUACUCCAUUAAAAUCAGAACUUCCAGAUACAUCAUCGUCAAAACAGUUCAUUUGAAAAAUUUGAAUAAUUAUAACUAAAAAUACCAUUGAUAUAUUUUUAUUGUUUCCUUGACACAUAGUUGUAAGAAUUUCUUUUUUCUCCGCUUGUUUGUUUUUGUUACGAUAUUUUAGUCUACGAGCUAUGUUUUCUCACUUUUCGUUUUUGUCAUAAUGAUUUCUACAUUUAAUUUUUUCAAAAAGUGCUUGUUUUUAGGUCUUAAUGAUGAGCGGGCCAUAUGUAUGCAUACGUGCAUCAUGCUUUUCUAUAGAUCAUUUCACACAUUUCCUUCCUCAUAUGUUUAUUGCCUCCUAGUUGUCUUUGGAAAAUUAUGUGUAAUUUUCAAUUUGGUCUUUAAUUCAUUUAAUCUUACAUUCGUCAUACUAUUUCAGAAUCGUGUAACAAUUAGGACUGACCUACUUUACUGGUUAUUGUGUAAUUAUCAUUAUCUUCCAAUCGGUUAAGACCAUAAUUGAUAUUUUGGUGUUGAUAAGUGGAAUUAGCAUCAAUUUAUGCACCUUUUUAAGAGCUUUUUAAGAAUUUUUAUAUGAUCAUCAAUAUUACCAUUAGUAUUAUUGCAUCGGACUGGGAUGUAUUUUUCCUAACAGAUCAAAAUCGUUUCACAUGUUUUAUUUUCGGAAAAUCAAUUCUGAAUUCAUAAUGCUCAUUUUCUUUUUGCUUUGACGGUUUUCUACACUUGACAAUUUUUAAUUGUUGCAUACUCAUUGUUUUUGUUAAAAGCUAAGGAAAGAGAUUGUCCAGUUGUUGUAUCUCUGAUCUAUCCUUUUAUAUUUACACAUUUUCUAUAUAUAUGGUAGCCUCUUAUUUUCCGGAGGUUCCAUUUAACCCGGUUCAAGUGAUGCACGUAUUUCAUAUGCACAUUAAUACCAACAAAAAUAUAAUAGAUAUUUCCGUAAAUGUAUAUGAAUAGUUGGUAUUCUUUUAGGACUUUCCCCAUGCCUUCAUUUUUCUCGUUUUUCUAACAUUGCUUCUGUUUGAAUAUGCAAUAUUAAUGACAAAGUUAUUUUAUACUUGUACCAUUAUUCUCUAUAUACGUUCAUCCUGUUUUCUAUGAACUCUGAUUUUGUUGAUAUGGAACAAUUUUCUUCAUGCUCCAUAGUUUGUUACUCAUCCUAUUAUACUUAAAUAUAAGUGUAAUGUGCCUUCUAUGUUGCUGCAAAGAAUAUAAUAUUGUCGAAUACAAAUAAUAUAUAUCUAUAUAUAUGAUCGGUAUAUUGUGAAAUGUGUGGUUGUUUAUGAAAUAGUCUUGUUUAGGAGACACUACUUACGUAAGUGGCUAUUGUUAUCAUGCAUUUAUUCUUCCAAAAGGUUAAAUUGAAUUUGUCAUAUUCAUCUACAGGGAGGUAUAUGUUUUUUAAGAAUUAUUUUUGCUGUAUUACUCACUCUUUCUGCAUAAUAUCCCCCACCAUCCAUAGCGCCGUUAUAUAUUCGUUAUAUUCGACCAUUUCACUAUCGACUUCAUUACUAACUAAUUGUGAUUGAAUAACGAGUUAUUACUUGUAGUCCUUUGAAAUGGUCUUUUGUUCUGGGCUGAAAAAGUGGGUACACGGUACACUCCAUUCAUAGUGCCUAUUGUUGUUUAGAUCAUGGAAUAUGUAGGUAAAUUUUGCGAUCAUUCUUUUCUUUCUUAAUGUUAUCUGUCUUUGAUAUACUUUCCACAUAAUCCCAUCUGUGUUAUUGCCAUUGCUUUUUACUCAUGUUAAUAAUUAUUAUCUUCUUCAAGAUCGGCAAGCAAAAUUAUGAAACAUAUAUCUUUCAUGAAUUAGUCAGUUAAUGCAAAAAAAUACGAACAUAACAUGUAAAUACAAAGUUUUAAAUUCUUCGUCUUAAUAACACUAUUACGAAUAUUAGUGCUACUAUAAUUAUUAUUUCUAACUUCUUUCAUAACACAGUUUUCGUUCAGUAAAUUCUUGUAAUCAAAUCUAAAUAAAAAUUAAUUACAUUC